GAUUUCUUGGAGAUCCACGAUCCACCCCGCUGCUCUUCUCUACUUUCGACUGUCGUGCUUCUCCCUCUCAUACUCUGUACAUACCUCCACAUCACAUCAAACAUGUCUUCUUUCGAUCGAGCAAACGAAGCCGUUUCUUUCCUGACCAACAGCUUGCCCGAAGGCCUGCGAAAGCCUCAGGUGGCCAUAGUAUGCGGCUCUGGGCUGGGUGGUCUGGCAGAGACUGUUCAGUCUGAACCUCGUGCGGAAUUCGACUACACUUCGAUUCCUCACUUCCCUCGUCCAACAGUCGCUGGACAUGCGGGGAAAUUGGUGUUUGGACUUCUUGGCCAGAAGAUUCCUGCCGUCUUGAUGGUUGGCCGUGCACACUACUACGAAGGCCACUCAAUGGAACAGGUUACAUUCCCUAUCCGAGUGUUCAAGCAAUUGGGUGUGGACACUGUUGUGUUGACGAACGCGGCCGGCGGCCUUAAUUCUGAUUAUAGCGUGGGUGAUAUCACCCUGCUGAAUGAUCAUCUAUUCCUCGCGGGACUCGCAGGAAAUCACCCACUGAGAGGUCUCAAUGACGAGGAAUUUGGAGUUCGUUUCCCGCCGCUUUCGGAUGCAUAUGAUCUUGAUCUUCGCCGUCAUGUCCACCGAGCUUGGAAGGAGAUCACUAGCGCUACGCCCCAGACCAGCCGCAAACUGCACGAAGGAGUUUAUGCCUUUGUCGGGGGUCCCCACUUACGAAACAAGAGCCGAAAGCCGCAUGCUUCGAAUGAUGGGUGCCGACGUGCCCCCGUGCCCCGUGGGGACGAGCAGCUGCUUCAAGACAAAGCUGCAGGUGAACUGAACGCGCUUUUGGAGGAAGGUAAGGCCGGCCACGAAGAGGUAUUGGAGGCAGGUCGGGCAGCGGCUAUGGAUAUGCAGAAAUUGGUGGUACAAACUCUGGUGAACGUGUUUGGUAGUGCGUGA